GCUGAAGAGGAGUUGGGAUGUGAAUUUAACCUAAAAAAGGGAGACACACACACGGUGAAGUAUCAAAAUAAUGGCUAAAUCUUCCUUCUACCCAAGAUAUGAUUAAGGCGGUAUUCUAUCUUUUAAAGAACAGCUGAGGUAGGGAAGGUGCCAAGACACAGCAGGCUGGUCACCCUAUCUCAAGGCAUUCUGUAUACAAUGGUUAAAGGAGUCCACACAGAAGUGAGACACACUACAUGCCUCCAGAAGUUUUAAGGUGCUCUAUCUCAUCCUUCCUUUUGAAGGUCAUGACUCAGUUUGAAAGUAGGUGUCCUCUCAUUUUUAAUUUUUUGGAAGCUGUUUACCAGGAACCAUAGGCUGAAUUUACAGAACAUCUUACAGGGAAGUAUGGGGAAGAAGGAAAAAAACAACAAAUCCUUGGUUCCCUUUAGAGUAUACUGCUUUCAUGUCUCCAGGCUUUUCUUUUACCUGUAAUGUCUAGAAAGAUACAUUUUAACAGAAGGUGAACAUGGAAGUUCUCUAGUAAUCAAGUGCCUCCUGGAGCUGGAGCUUUCUGCUGAUGAAAUAUUACAAGAUAUGGAAAAACCCACAUCCCAUGUCCCCAGCAUCAAAAGGGUUGGUAACACCUGAGUUACAUCCUGAUCUCUGCCAGACCAAGAGGCGUGUGAUACUGAAUCAUGUGGACUGUCUCACCCCUUUUCCCAUUGGAAAGCAGCAAAAAUGACAGAGUCUGUGCCCACUAGCACCCGUGCCAGCAAUAUUAGCAAACUGACCUCAGACACUGAGCUCCCCUUUUAAUCACAGAAGUCGCCGUUUUCUUUCAGUCAGUAGUUGUUCCAGCCCAGGCUUUCUACAUGUUAUUCCUGGACUAACAAAAACCUGAAGUUCUGCUUGCCCUGCAAUAUCAGUUUUAUGGAUGAGGAGAAAACUUCAGUCUGCCAGUAUGUUCUUGAGGAAGAAGUGCAGAUAUGGAUCACGUAAGCUGCAGUUUCUCUUGUUGUUGCUGAUGCUGGGCUUUUUGCUACUGAUGGUGACAACGCUGAAUCCACCACCCAGCAACCAGAGCAAGGAAGGGACUUUCCAGCCUGUGGAGUUCAACCUCCGGGAAGGCUAUCAGGUGGACUUCGUGGAGACCCAAGAGAUGCUGGAGACCCAGGAGGACAGCCAGCAGUAUUACCCUCUGGAUGGGCUGUCACCUUUCAUCUCCCUGCGGGAGGACGAGCUGAUCGCGGCCGUUGUGUCGCCCACCGGCAGAAGGGACCACAGCAGGGCCAGGAAGGGCUAUCGCGUGGUGAGGCAGCAGAGCCGGCGGCCGGAGGGGGAGGCUGCGGGGGGGCCCGAGUCCCGGCCCCUGUCGCUGCCUCCGCGGGCUGGGCAAGGGGCCGCCGGCGGGGAGCGGCCGCCCGGCCUGGAAACCCACGGCUUUAACGAAGCGCUCAGCGAGCGGAUCUCGCUGCGCAGGGAGCUGCCUGAGGUACGACACCCGUUGUGCCUACAGCAAGAAUAUGACUCUGGUCUGCCUACUGCUAGUGUCAUCAUCUGUUUCCAUGACGAAGCCUGGUCUACUCUGCUGAGAACCGUGCACAGCAUUAUGGACACAGCCCCAAAGGCCUUGCUCAAGGAUAUCAUCCUAGUCGACGAUCUCAGCCAGCAAGGGCCCCUGAAGUCGGCUCUGAGUGAAUACAUCUCUAAGCUGGACGGUGUGAAACUCAUCCGGAGCAACAAGAGGCUUGGAGUCAUCCGAGGUCGGAUGCUAGGAGCUGCACGAGCAACUGGGGACGUGCUCAUCUUCAUGGAUUCACACUGCGAGUGUCAGAAGGGCUGGCUGGAACCCCUCCUAGCCAGGCUGUCCAGCAACCGAAACAGCGUUGUCUCCCCUGUCAUAGAUGUCAUAGACUGGAAGACUUUUCAGUACUAUCACUCUGUGGGCCUGCAGAGAGGUGGUUUUGAUUGGAAACUAGAUUUUCAUUGGGAACCAGUGCCAGAGCGUGAAGAGAAGGUACGACAGUCUCCCAUCAGCCCUAUCAGGAGUCCUGUGGUAGCUGGUGCAGUGGUGGCCAUGGAUCGACAUUACUUCCAAAACACUGGAGCUUAUGAUUCUGACAUGACCACGUGGGGAGCAGAAAAUCUGGAGCUAUCUAUAAGGACCUGGCUCUGUGGUGGCUCUGUAGAAAUUAUUCCGUGCUCCCGAGUGGGGCAUGUCUAUCGAAAUCACUUCCCCCGUGCUUUCUCCUAUGAAGAGGCCAUUGUGAGGAACAAAAUCCGAAUAGCGGAGACCUGGCUGGGCUCUUUUAAAGAGAACUUCUACAAGCACGACACAGUGGCUUUCUUAAUCAGCAAGGCAGAGAAGCCAGACUGCAGUGAGCGCCUUCAGCUACAGAAGAGACUGGGCUGUAGAAAUUUCCUGUGGUUUGUAUCAAAUGUGUACCCUGAGCUCUCCCAACCUGAAGACGCACCAAGAUUCUCUGGCAAGCUUUACAAUACGGGCGUUGGCUUCUGUGCAGAUUACAGACCUGGAAGAGCCAUUGCAGAAGGCUCUAUCGAACUCUCCCCUUGCAGUCACAGUCUCACCCAGCACUUUGAAUAUAACAGCCUGAAGGAAAUCCGGCUUGGUUCUGCUCCGCUGUUUUGCUUUGAUGUCAGACACGGGAAGGUUAUCCCUCAAAACUGUACAAAGGAGUCAGACAACAGCCACCAGCACUGGGAUGUCCAGGAGAAUGGAAUGAUUGUCCACGUCCUUUCUGGCAAAUGCAUAGAGGCGGCGAAGAGCGAAGAUGAGAAGGACUUGUUUUUGUGUGUGUGUAACGAGAAUGCAAAUCAGGUCUGGCAAUUCGAACGUUCCCAUGCGCUACGUCAGAGAUGACCAACAGGUCGCUGUGGAGGCCAAGUCCCCAAAAUUGUACAUUACUUCUGUUUGGGAUUUAAGUUACGUUUCCUGCAUGGACAUGAAAGAUGUCUGUGUUUGCUGUAGCAUGCAGGGAAGUUAGGAAGGUCUCUCCUUUGAAAGCCGGGCUCAAAUAGCUGCCGCCAGUUCCUGGUUUAUUCAGUUCUAGCUAGAAUUUCUAUUUAUUCUGCGAAGCAGGGAAUAAAGAUACUGUGAGCAUCAAUAGGUUCUCAACUCUGCUAUUGCAGAAGACAAGUUAAGUUUGCCCUUUGAAAGAAACAUGGAAAAUUGGCUGCCAGACAGCUUGUCUCCAGCAUAUUAUGUGACUUCAGAGGAUACAGGAAAAUGAAUGUUUGUGAAACUUUUUAAACCGUAAGAGGAAGCCAGCUAAACCAAGAUAAAGAGUUUUGCCUUUUUUUACAGUGCACUCGACUCAUAUAAAAUAAAGUAGAUUUUGUAUGCAUAAAAAGUAGUAGAUGUUUUCACGUGUGAUAGCUAAAAUUUUGUUUUCCAGUGAGCUUGAGCCAAAUUCCUACCCUCUGUGAGAUUGCACAGAGCAUAAAUUAGCACUUAAUUAGGCACUAGCUGCUUCAAUUGACUUGGAAUACCAACAGUCCUCUGUGUUUGGCACACCCUUCCUUAAAUCCUUCCUCCACAGUCUAAUUUGGGUGGGAGAAUGAGACUGAAAUAUUAACAACGUUGUUUGUUUGUUUUAAUGAAAUUGAAGAACAACUCUUCAGGAAACUUUUGUGGAAUAUGGAAGAAGACUGAACUAGAUUAGAAAGAAGUACAACUUCCCUGCUUAUUUUGAAAGGGAAAAUAUCAGUGACAUCCAUUUGCUCUUAUAAAGCUAUGGAACGAGCUUAUUAUUAUUCCAGUGACAAAAGAGCUGGCUGAAAACAGCAAAUGAAGGGAAAAGGCAGGUUUCAACAGUGGCUACCGAGGAAGAAAAUACUGGUGCCCACUUCACUUGCUUGCAGCCUAAACCUCACAUUGUGACCCUGUGAGUAAGUCUUUCACACUGUCAGUUUUAGCCAAGAUGAUCUUUUAGAUUCUUGCUGUCGUGGGUCUCCAAGCUGAUCCUCAAAAGACAGUAGCAUACUAAAUUUUCUAAACUAGCUGCUUCUGCAGAGCCUGCAUCCCUGCUGACCCGUCCUUCAGAGAAGUGAGCGAGAGGUAGUGAGAGUGCUCUCAUCCAGUAUGCACCGGCAAAGUGAACUCCUGUCAGUAUUUUGGUAGGGCACUUUCAAUUUUGGAGUUAAAACCAGUAACGAUGACGCUUUCCAAGAGCCUGCUAAGACAGAAGAACAAAGAUUUGGGAGUCCUCCCACAUCAGCACCACACCUGCUUUAUAGUAUAAAUCAGUCAUACUCAUAUGUAUUUCUUAAAGGGGAAGGGCAUCAGUAAUGAAACCGAAAUUUGGUUUUGAAUGUUUUUUCAAGAGGCAGAAUUUAUAAUUUUUUUUUUUUGUAAACCGUACAGCACAUUGUUUGAACUUUAGAGAAAGGAAUAACAGAAUAUGCUGCUCGGAGCCUUCCAGUCACCUGCUCUUGCUAAAUCGUAAUAAAUUGGUUUCAAGCACACAAAACUGGCUACAACAGAAGUCACAAACAGCGUUCUGUGUUCUGCUGUCCAAAAUAUUUCCCACUGGAGCCUCUGGUUGCUUUGAGUGCUACAGAUUCCACACCACGUUCAGGCAUCGCUCCAAUCGCCCUAAUUACCACUUACUCUUCCUUUGAUAGCAUCAGAAUCUAAUACCAUUUGCUGCUGUUUCAUUUAAAACUUCCUGUGAUGUUCUUGAAAACGCUUCAGCUUUCAGCUGAAAGGAUGGUAGCAACUUCUUCCAGAACACCAAAUGAUCCCUGAUCCUUGCCCAGAUCUAGCGUGAGAAAAGACAGUUUCUAAAAUUGCAUAAAAACUGAGUGAAAUGCUGGUUUAGUGACAUGUGAUUAUUUUAAAUUAUAAGUAUGCCAGAUUUUUUAAAUUAUGUAUUAUUUAUUGUACUUUGGACUCUACACGGGGAAUGUCAUUCCUUCAGCAUUUAGUUUAAUGAUAAAAGUGUAUGCAAAUGGGAUAACUGAUCACAAGUGGGAUUUAUCACAGAAUUCAACUAUUUUCAGUUCAGAGAGGAAAUGUUUGGAAUUAAGAGAUGCGGACAUCCUCAUCUCCUACUGCUUUUUAACAUAAUGAUAAAAACCUAGAAAAUAAGGUGUGGUGUAUAUGUAUGUACCAUAGAAAAACACGUUACAUAACGCCUCUUCCAACAAUAAAAUGAAAAUACAUGGUUCGGUACCAUUUAAAAAGUAACUGUUAUUAUACUUGUUUCUUUUAGUAACGGUGUAAAUGUGCGUUUGGUUUCCAAGGGAACUAAACUCCAGAGCACAGGCCAGAAGGGAGCUGCAGUGUGGCCCAGGAGGUCUCCAUUCGGGGACAGCAAGGGGACGCGGAUUGUGGGCCCUGCCAUGGAGCACACUGCCCUCUAACACGACCGUAACCUCUUACUACACACACACA